UCUAUGAGAGAGUAACACAUUAAUGCAGCACAAUAAAAUAAACAAUGAAAGCACUGAAGUACAAUUCAACUAUAGAGAACAUCUAAAAGCUGAAUUAAGCAUCAGGGAUCAUAGAUUUACAUCCACAGAAUUAAACGGCAGAUCCUACCUUUGCACUUGGAGCAGCAGGCUUCUUGGCGGCCUGCUUUGCCUUUUUGGCCUCCUUUGCAGCUCUGAAAGAACAAAAGUAUUAAUACUGGUUAAUUUGGAGGGACAACCAGUCUGGUGUGAUUUUAUAGAUUUUAAAGUGAUGCAGACAAACUUUUGGUCAAAGCCAGGAAACACUACCCAUUUGCUUCUGCAUUCAUAUAUAUCAGGAGUGUCAAACUCAUUUUAGCUCAGGGGCCACAUUGCGCGAAAUCUAGUCCCAAGUGGGCCGAACCGGUAAAUUUAAAACAACUUCAGAUUGUUUUAAUACAAUCAAUAUAAAACAAGGCUGGAGCCUGAGGACAGUGUAUCCAAAAUAGUACAAGUACAACUCCUGAAGUGUACUUGAAAAUUUGAAAAAACUAAAAAAUCAAUAAAUAAAAAAACAUUCCUUAGUGAUUCAAAGAGUUACAGAUCACAUGGCUAGAUCUGUUUCAUGCAGCACUUUAAGUAUAUUUGACUCAUUUUACUUAACACCUUUUAGCUUUCACCAGCACAUCAAUAUCAGAAGUCACAUCCUGAGUGGCAGCCAACUUCAGGAUGUGAUUCAAGUUCUUGUGUGAGCCUUGAGCGCAGCUUUGUUUUAUUUAUACUCAUUACAGAGAAAACUUGCUCACAAUGAUAAGUUUAUUUUCACUCUACAUUGUAAAGUAUGAAAAUAAAGUUAACACAACCAUUUUGUGGGCCGGAUUUAACCCGCUUGCGGGCCGGAUCCGGCCCGCGGGCCGCAUGUUUGACGCCCCUGAUAUAUAUGAUAAAACACUUGCAAUUAUAAUGGCGCAGAAGUUCAGUGUAACUGUUGUAUAACAAAUGUAGCAUGGACAGCCAUGCCAAUGCUUUCUCAUGGAAAGCAAAGGACCUGGUAGCAUUCCUAUUGAAAUAACUCCACCGACUGAGCCAAUCAGUGCUGAGCAGCGUACGUCACGCACACUCAGUUUCUCAUAAAACAAAGAUGGCUUCUGAAACGGAGUUUGCUUUGGCUUUGUUCGAAAUGACUUGGACAUGUCUUUAAAACCUCAACAUGAAGUGCUAAAAAGCCUUUGUUUAAAAAAAAAGAUGUUUGCACUGUCACUAGAUGCCAUCUUUGCCUACAGGUAAUAAAUUACAAUCGUCACUCGCUUUUUUUUUGGUGAUUGGUUAUUUUUGAGCUGGCGAGUCCCACCCCUCAUGGUGCUGUCUGCCUCCGAGUAUCCCGACUCGUCCUCUGUAGAACAGACAAGAGGACGAGUCUGGCACACCAGGCUAAAACAGACGCACACAUUCAUCAACCUUUCUAACUUGCUGAAUGUUAACUCAUUUACUGCCAUUGACUUAAGUCGUCAUUUGCAUGUUUUUACUGUGUGGGCAUUGGAACGAGCCCCCGCACCAUGAGAACAAACAGCUCUAAAGCCGAUCUUCGCAUACGUCACAUGAUCAGGAAGCAGAAAAUCCAUGUAUUAGAUCAUUUGGGGCCGCUACUGUAAAAAAAAAGUGAGGCGCGAACCGGAAAAGCGGAGGCUACAUUAUUAAUAACAUGGCUGUACAACCCACCCUUUAAAGUCAUCCUAUGUAGCACUUUAAAUUUAAAAUUCAAACACAAGCUGAAACUACUAAAAAGUAUCCAUAAACACAGUUUGCUUCGGUCAUUAUUUAAAUGAUCCAGCAAAAACAUGUUAUAGAAAAUUGUCUCUUCCUUUACCUGCUCCGAAUGAGAAGCUGUAGCUAAAGUAAUGUAAUGGCAUCACUGUUCUGAUAGUCAGAACUGCUUCCCUUUGAGUUGCUAUCAGAUAAGAAUAAAGUGAGAGCAUGUUUAGGACUGAAAACAUUGAGGUCAAACUGAGGUUCAGUGAGAAAAAGCUCCAACAUUUCAUUCACCUCAGUAAAGUCAAAUUUGAUGGUUUUACUGAGAAAAUAGGAGCAAAGCUAAAGACACAACAUUAUGUCAGAUUUGACCAUUUCUGUCUGCACUAGUUGGGAACAGUCUAGUCUGCAUGAUUAGUUGGAACAAAAUGUGUGAAUGGGGUAAAAAUAAGAAAUGUGAGUGCAAAAAAGACCCGACCUAAAGUCAGCAGCAGUCAAACAUGUUUAAAUUUAUAAAUUUGUUGCAUUAAAUUGUUAAACUCAUCUGCAAAUAUGUGUUAACAGCUAAUGUUUAAGAAAUGAUGGGAUGUGGGGAAAUGGCUUCAAAUUAUUUUAUAAAUAGUAGGAAUGUCAAAACAAUGAUAGUCCAAAUUUCAAACGUUAACCCUUCCAUGGCUUAACCCAACCCUAAUUUUUCUUUUUAAUCUUAGCAAACAGCAGCAGUGUUUUUAAUGUUUACUUCCUUCUACUAUUACUGUAGAUGCAGCUUGGCAGUUUGAUGGAUUCAGUCGGAAGUUGGUUUGAGAAACUGUACUCGGUGAUCCCUCACAGCCUCAUCAAUACCACUAACGCUUGCCGUUGUUUGGGGCAACAAGAUGGGUGUAUCAGAUUUACAGAGUGAUAUAGUUGAUGGAUCUGUGAAGGAUUUUUCAGAUCAAGGCAUGCAGAAACUAGAUUCCAGUUUCACAUGUUCUGAGGAUACUCACACCCUCAUCUUGGACCGUAACAACAUUAUGAAGCUGGAUCACCUGGAACGAUGCCCCAGCAUUCAGCAGCUAUCGGUAGCCAAUAAUCGCCUGGUGAGAAUGAUGAGUGUUUCUCGGCUGACUGAGCUGAGAGUACUCAAUCUUCCCAACAACAGUAUUGGUUACAUCGAAGGGCUGCGAGAUCUGCGUCAUCUGAAAUGGCUCAACCUGUCUGGCAACAACAUUAAAGUCAUUGAACAGCUUAACACCUGUGUGUCGCUCCAGCACCUGGAUCUGUCUGACAAUAACAUCUCAACGACUGGUGAUCUGACUAAACUGAUGGCAUUAAAGACACUUUUACUCCAUGGAAACAGCAUAACAACCCUUCGUACUGUUCCUGUGCACCUUCCUGCUCAUUUAUCCAUCUUGUCCCUGGCAGAAAACGAGAUAAGAGAUCUUAAUGAGGUGUCGUAUCUUGCUCCUCUUCAUGAACUGGAGCAGCUGUCCAUCAUGUGUAACCCUUGUGUCAUGGCGACGCCCAUGUUGCCGAGUUGCGAUUAUCGACCGUACAUCAUGAGUUGGUGUCUGAACCUGAAGGUCCUCGACGGCUAUGUGGUGACACAAAAAGAAAGUCUCAAAGCAGAGUGGCUCUACAGCCAGGGUAAAGGUCGCUCAUAUCGACCAGGGCAGCAUGUCCAGCUGGUUCAGUACUUGGCCACUGUUUGCCCUCUGACCUCAUCACCAGCCCUGGAGACAGCAGAAGAUGCAAAACUGGAGAAGAUCCUCAGUAAACAGAGGUUUCAUCAGCGCCAGCUGUUGGAGGAGAUACGAGGUGGCUGUCCCAGUCCGCCUCGUCCAACUCAGCUUGACGUGGAAAAGCUCAGUCCCUCACGUGCGAGUCCGCAGUGUGGAGCUCAGGAGGUGAAGCCAGUCGCCUCACAUUUACCAGCUGCUGCUCCUUCUGUCCAAGAGAACGAACCAGUGGUGCAGUUUAACACAUGGGUGAGCUCUGAGUGUUCCCAUCGAUCUUUGCCAGUGGUUCGCAGCACAAAACCUGCCAGCGAGUGCAUUUAUUUGGAGGAUGUGCAGACUGAUGAGGACAAACUCAACAGCAGCUUGCUGUCCUCAGAGUCCACCUUUCUCCCCUUCAUGUCUGAUUUUGAGUCGCAAACGGCCCGCUCUGACAGCGAAGACGAGACCGAGACGUUCGAGCCCGACUCUCUGGCACCAAAGCGCCCAUCGCAACCCAAAAAGCUCAACACAAGCAAGGCAAAUAACCUGUCUCCGAUGACUAAAGAUGAGAGGAAGGCUCCUGGAGAGGAGGUUGUUGCUGUUGCAACUACAGCAGCUGCAUCAGCAGUCAAAGUUAGUUCAUCGCAAAAUGAUCUAAAAAUAUCUCCUGACUUUGGUAAAGCCAAAGUGAAAGUACCUAAGAUGGAACAAGCAGAUACGUGUGUCAACAAGUCAAGUCUGAUAGAAGCAGAGAAUGCAGCAAUUAAAAUCCAGUCCUGGUGGAGGGGACACUACACUCGGGGUUGUCAUCCUGCAGCCAGAGAGGUGCGCGGCGAAAUCCGUCUGCGGCGGAUGCAAGAACACAUCGUCUUCCUGUCGAACAAACUGGACACCGUGCAAAAGCAGUAUGAGGAGGAAAGGUUGCAACGGCUGGUUCAGGAGGAGGCUGUGAAGUUUCUGUGGAAAGAGCUUCAGUCCAUGCAGCAGUGGAAGCAGUCCGUAGAGGAGAAGCUGGCAGCUGUGAAGUCUGUCAGCGCAGUUCAGAUCUCAUCUCCUGCACCUUGUAACACCCCCCCACCUGUUGUCACCACAAACCCACCGAGCACAGACGUCUCCUUCCCCGACUCCGGCUUCCAAUCAACCAGUGAUCGCCAGGCAGCACAGGACGACAGCUUCCUGAGCAGCGGGACGGCCGACACUAUAAAAACCGUGCGAACGCUGAGCCCCAUUCGAGGUGGCCUCACUGGUGAUGCAGUGGACAGUGCAGAAUGCAGCCUUUUGGAGGAGUACCUGUCCUCUGUGCAGCAGAGAGAGGAGGAGGCUGAAGAAGUAAACAGCGAUAUAAUCGGAACACCAUCAGAGUCACCAAGCAGGACCAACCACUCCCCCACAAAUAAGGAAGCAGAAAUCAAUCCAGACUCUGUGAACGUCCUCUCAUAUUGAACAUUUCUCCAAAGCGCUACUGAAUGUGUGUAACAUAGGACUGGAGAUACAGAUCAGCCUAAAGCUGCACUCAUAUUGAUUUGUUAAGCCAGAUAAAAGUGCUCAUAAUACUGAAAGCUUGAAACAUUACCUAACAGUGAAUGUAAUACAAAAUGUUUUAUAAUAUCCUUUCUGCUAUUUAUAUAUAUAUUUUUUACUUUCUUUAUUGAAUUGAUUGAAUGUGGUGUGUGAAUAUUAUUGAAUCUGUUAAUUUAUGUGCUUAAACUAUCAGCAAUCCACUCACUGAUUAAUAACCUCUAAAAUGUCACGUGUCUGUUACAAACACGCUACUAUCAGUUAUAUGUUCUGAACAAUGUUAUUGGGUAAUAGAAAAAAUGUUGCCUUAUCUAAAAUUUUAAAUAAACCUGUAGUCAUAUUAG